AUGGUCGGGUUUGGAAGACCCCUACAUGAAAUGUGUCUCUUUCUCUGUACUUUACAGAACUUUACACAUGGCGGGGAGUCCGAAGGAUCUCGAUGUGCACCUUACUCGGAACUAAAAAAGCGUGGAUGUGAUGAUGAAUAUGUGAUAAACCCCAAAGGAUCUGUAAGAAUUUUAAAAAACAAACCAUUAAGCGACAGUGCAGAGGAAGAGACAGUCAUCCAGCUAACUCCCCAGCGAGUACACCUGAAACUGCGUCCUGGGCAAGAGACAAAGUUCCACGUGAAGUUCAAGCGGGCAGAGGGGUAUCCGAUUGACUUGUAUUAUUUGAUGGACCUGUCAUACUCCAUGAAGGAUGAUUUGGAGAAUGUGAAGAAGUUGGGCAAUGAUAUUCAGAAGGCACUGCAGAAUGUUACAAAAUCUGUGCGCAUAGGUUUUGGUUCAUUUGUGGAUAAGACGGUGCUGCCCUACGUAAGUACAGGGAGAACCCAGCUUAAAAAUCCUUGCCCAUCUCGGACGGAGCGCUGCCAACCAGCUUUCAGCUACCGCCACGUUCUGCCCUUAACGUCAAAUCUCACCCUGUUCCAAAUGAGCGUCAGUGCAGAAAAUAUCUCUGGCAAUCUGGAUUCACCAGAGGGGGGAUUUGAUGCUAUGCUUCAGGCAGCUGUGUGCACAUCACAUUGGCUGAGGAAUGUUUCUCGGCUGCUGGUAUUUGCUUCUGAUGAUGUAUUUCAUACUGCUGGGGAUGGAAGAUUAGGAGGAAUUUACCUUCCAAGCGAUGGGCGUUGCCAUUUAAAUGACAAUGGUGAAUACUAUCAGAGCCACAUAUACGAUUAUCCAUCAGUGGGACAUCUUGCUCAGAUCCUAUCGGAAGCUAACAUUCAGCCUAUAUUUGCAGUUACCAGCAAUUAUAUCUCUAUAUACCAGCAACUGAGUGAACUCAUUCCAAAAUCUGUGGUGGGUGAAUUAAAAGAAGAUUCAAGCAAUGUGGUAAAUCUGAUUUCUGAAGCUUAUAAUAAUUUAUCAUCCACAGUGAACCUUGUUCAUGUGAAUCUUCCUAAGGGACUUCAUAUAACGUAUGACUCCCACUGCAGCAGCGCUACUUCAUACGGGCAGCUAACAGCAGAGUGUUCUGAUGUCCGAAUCAACCAAGCGAUUGAUUUUGAGAUAACUCUGACAAUGGAUAAAAAGAUGUGUCAGGAGGGGAUGCAGAGUUUCCACCUUAAGGUGUUGGGCUUCAAUGACGAAGUGAAGGUGGAUGUGGAGCCUCUUUGUAACUGUGACUGUAAAGAUGAAGAGGAUUUGUCAAACUAUUGCAGUGGAGGACAUGGAAACUAUAGUUGUGGCGUCUGCAGGUAA